UGAGCCAAUUGGAACGUACGCUCACGACUUAGACCCGCCUCUGUGCGUGUUGCGUGGCCAAUCAGCGUUGAGCGUUUAUUAAUGAUGCGCUGACUGAGGGUCGAGAUGAUGCAGGAGUUCUGCUGCUGUGUCCGCCGGGCCGGGUGAUCCAGAUGACACCAUGCCGCUGCCAAAAUCCCGGAAAAUCGCCGUGCUGGGCUACAGGGAAGUCUUCUCUCACCAUCCAGUUUGUGGAGGGACAGUUCGUGGACUCGUAUGAUCCGACGAUAGAGAACACGUUCACUAAGACGAUGACGGUGAACGGUCAGGAAUACAACCUGCAGCUGGUCGACACGGCCGGACAGGAUGAGUACUCCAUCUUCCCUCAGAGUUACACCAUCGACGUGGACGGUUACAUCCUCAUCUACUCCGUCACGUCCUACAAAAGUUUUGAGGUGGUCAGAGUCAUUCACGAGAAGCUGCUGGACAUGGUGGGAAACGUCCAAGUUCCAAUUAUUUUAGCUGGGAACAAGAAAGACUUACACAUGGAGAGAGUGAUCAGCUUCGAGGAGGGGAAAGCUCUGGCCGAGUCGUGGAACGCUGCCUUCCUCGAGUCUUCAGCCAAAGAGAACCAGACAGCGGUGGAGGUGUUCAGGAGGAUGAUCCUGGAGGUGGAGAAGAUGGAGGCGGGUCAGCCUCAGGGUCGGACACCCUGCUCUAUGAUGUAGCUUCCACAAACUCGGCCCCGCCCCCCGACGACCCCGACAGCUCCAUCACCGUCCACUGCAGCGACUGACAGCUCAGCAGGCAGGAGAGGCCGACCCUGAAGUCCACUCAGUGUUAGCAUCCAUGUUAGCCCUGACAUGUUCUGUUAGCGUCAGGUCACACCAAACUCUGUACAAAAAUGUGCAGAUUUAAUGAUCAACUGUAUAUGGAAAGCUUUUAGCACACAAAUCUGGGGUUUUCUCUCCAUGAGACAAAGGAGCACUGGCAAAGCAUCAUGGGAGUUGUAGUUGUAGUUCCAAGAACAUAAGCACUGUUUUUAAUCAGAUUCUCUGAAUCUGAGUCUCCUGCCAGCUCAGAGCUGAUGAUUUCAAACUGAGAGCUGGAGGGACAUUUAGACUUUUUACAACUUCCUACUCAAUACUGAGCAGUUCUGAAAGGAAAAUAUUUGUUUUUGUGAAAUACUGUUGAGCUGAAUUUACCAUCAGAUCCUGAAGAUCUCCAAAAGAAGUCAACUCUUCUUUUGCAAGGUUGGUAUAGUUGAGGAUUUGCAAGACAACCCUAAAUUAGCAGAUUUUCAAAUGGGGUUUGGUAUCGUGUUUGCUUCGUAUCAAGGGCAGCCUGCCUUAAAACAUUCAUUUGAACUUAUUAGUGGAACCAGAGAGCAGAAAUAUUAAGAUUACAACAGGAAACACUGCAUGGACAAAAACAUAAAACUUCAUUUAUAUGUUUGGUUCAGGAUGAGAUGCUGUGAUCGUAUCAUCAGUUAGAAUAUUUAAAGAUAUUUAAUUAUAUUAUUUUGACACUUUUUAGAUUGAAACUUAAGCACAUAUUUAUUAUACUUGAUGGUUCUGUUACAAUAGAAGAAGUGAAGCUGGUCUGUAGCUCCGCCCUGAAGACGAUGACACGUCUGCUGCUGACCCCGCCCACAAAUAAUCACUACUAUAUAUUAAGAAUAAAGAAAAACACUUUUUAUAUGUAAAGAAGAGGAAAUAUUUCUGUUUUUAUGACUGUUCUCAUUAAAGCUGUGUUCUGUUGUUUGC